UAUAUUGUAGUUACCAUUACGACUCUUUUAGCAGCAUUUGUCAUUGCGAAGGGAAACAUGGGAGUUGAAAAGAAAUUCUUUGUUAAGUUUGAGUUGAUGUUAAUGGCGAUUUUGAUGAUGGUUUCGAUGGAAUCUUCCAUGGCGGCAUUACAUCGUGUUGGAGGCAAGCUAGGUUGGAACCCUAACGUUAAUUAUUCAGAAUGGUCCGACCAUGAGCGAUUUUAUGUCGGCGAUUGGCUUCUCUUCAACUUCGACAAGCGCUACUUCAAUGUUCUGGAAGUGAACGAGACAAGUUACGACAACUGCAAUGAUCAAGGUUUCAUAAAGAACAUCACUCGCGGUGGCCGUGAUGUGGUUGAGCUGACACAGUUGAGACCCUAUUACUUCCUCAGCAGCGGUGGCUACUGCUACCAUGGGAUGAAAGUUGCUGUUAACGUUGAAAUGCUUCCACCUGCUCCGGAGCCGGCUCCGGUCAAAAAUGGCUCGCUAACAUCCGAUGCUGUUCGCCUUAAGAUUUUCCACUAUAUGAUUUCCUUUGCUGUGGCAUACUAUUAUUUGGUCCUUCAGUUUUAGAUCAGACGGUUGAUUGAAAUUAAGCAGUAGUAAAAUGUUGGAUUAUAUCAAUAUUGAUGAUGGAAAUGGAAUAUAAUCUUCUUUUUCGCCAAAA